CUAAGGCGAAACGGCAGCAUCCAGGCGGUGGGAAAAAAACAAACAUUGGAAAACACGACAGAGUUCAGCUACGUCUCGGAUAAAUGCAGGGCUGCACCGCAAUUGGCCGAAAGAUGGACCCGGUCCUGGUUCCUGGAUCCUGCCCUCUGUCAUAACAAAAUAUGCUUUCAACUACUCGAGAUGGCUGCAGACAACAACGGCGUUAUGGUUAUUUUUGAAGCAGUAGCACCAUUUACUGGCACCAUGUGUCUGUGCUAUGACCUCAUGAGCAUGAGUACAGUUUGCAUGGAGGGCUGCGUUACGAGACUACCUGUAUAUAGAGCAAUGAUGCUCAAUUAA